ACUUGAUUUUGUCCUAUAUAAUUAUAAUUUGUUUAAAGCGUGGGCAGUUGAGCAAAAUUAAACAAAGUGGUUCCAGCUACGCCGGAAAGCGGUGGUUCCAGUGUUUGUAAAUUAUUUCCGACUGUUCUCAGACAUGGCUUUCCUAUUUAAGGUUUCAUGCGUACACGCCACCAUCUUUUUCCUUCUAAUAUCAGUCACUUUGGCUAGACCGGGGAAUUUCGAGGAAUUUGGAGUUGCCCCACAUGAAGACAAAUGUAAACUGGGUGAUUUAACUGUGAUAGAAGUCUGUCAAAGAUGUGCCAAACAGACCAAAUCAUCUAUUGUAUACCCCAUGUGUUGCGAAAACGAAGACGACGCUUACAACUGGUGUGACCAAUACAUUAAUUACGGAAAAAAAUCUUAAAUGUCGUAAUAUAUAUUUUAUUCUUGCUUCUAUCGGGUACCAAGACGCAUGCACGAGUAUAAAUUUACUAAAUUUGACUAGUUUUUUAUAUUAAAACAUUACCAGUCUAGUAGGUUUUGUCCUGUUUUGCGAUUUGCAAAACAGUGAUAAAAAUUAUACGAGCAAGAUAAGUAUGGCUGUGUUAUAACAAUGUACGUUAUGUAGUUUUUUAUGUAUUUGUGUAAUAUUUAUUUAUUCUUUUGUAAAUACAUUUUUUUAUUAUAA